ACACGAUCGCACUCGUCAGGGCAAAAAGGGAUCAAGAUCUGUAUAUCGCCGGCAUGGGCACCAGUUUCGCCCACAUGAAAACGAGGGAGUGGAAGUGGGAGGACGUGCGGGGGAGGUUGCAGUCCAUGGGCGUGACGAGGGAGGUCGUCGACUGCGGAAAGAAAUGGGACAACUUGAUGCAGCAAUUCAAAAAGGUCCACAAGUUCCAAAACCUCUCCGGUGGGAAAGACUACUUCAAGCUUGCAUCAAUGGUCAGGCGAUCGAAGGGCUUCAACUUCGUUAUGGACCGGAGCGUGUACGACGAAAUGGAGGCCAUGACGAAGGGGGAUCACACGAUCCACCCGAAAAAUUUGGCGGACACGGGGGCGGCCAGUGGGGUUCAGAUGCUGGCAGGCGCGGGGGGUGCAGGGGACACAAUGGCCACUGAGGGUGGAGGGGAGGCAGCCGACGAGGAGCAAGGGUCGACGAAAGACUCCACAUUCAGCGCGGGGAGCGGCGGCGGUUAUUGGAAGAGGAAAAACAUGCGGCAACAAACCUUUGAGGCCGUCGCCGAGGUCAUGGACAAGUAUGGUGCGCUUAUGACGAGCACAAUGGACAACGCGAGCAAGCGGCAAUGCUCGAUGAUGUUACGUCAGUGCGAAAUCCUGGAGAGCAAAGUGGAGGUGCAGAGGAAACAUUAUGCUGCGGCGGAUGAGCCACAGACGGCCAUUGACGGAGGCGGGAAGCAUGUUUGCGCGAGGCGGCGCCCGUGGGAAGAAGCGGGAAAACAUCCCCGCGGACAGUCAGGGGCGGGAAAGGGGUCGGUGGCAUGUCCCCAAGGCGAAGAGGCUCCGUUCGGAAGAAGCAUCAACAAGCCUGCCUCUUUGGCGAGGGCGAAGUUGGACACAGCCAACGAAGAGGAAGAAGACGACGUGUUCACGAUAGAGGAGGAAGCAGAAGAGGACAACGUGUCGGCGCCUCGGGGAAGCAGUCUUCAACGCUCAUCUGAUCAGAGCGGUGCGAUAAGAUUGGUGACGCCCCCUCCGGAGGCGCAACAAGCCACCUCAGGGUGGCCUGCCCUCCACGCCGUCCCAGCCGCGUCCAUGGAACGCGGGGGAGGGGAGGGGGCCCAUCAAGAAGCGCUCGUGGCGAGUGGGAGGGCGAUCGCUGGUGCAGCCGCGGGGUCUUCGGGCGAUGUUGGUGUCGUGGCAAGGGCGAGAGAGGAGGUCCCAGUUGUGGAGCGGGAGGCGACGCGCGGCGACAACAAGGGUGAAAGGGAGGAUGAAGACCCCCUUCUAAGCCGGGUUCGGAGGGGAGGGAUGGCGAGAGAUCUGGCCGACCGUGCCCGUCUGUGGGUCGAUGACAAAGCAUUCUGGACGACGGGGGAGGGGCGAAGGGUGUACAACAUCGUCCACGAAACGCGGGAGUACUUUGUCGCCAUCGCCAGCGGGCUGCAAACGUGUGCCGUGCCCAGGAGCGUCGUCAUGCCGAAAUCGUCGACGACCCUCACAAGGAUUGCAGAUCCCGCACAACUGCAGCACGUGAUCGCCCGCGCGACGGCAAUGGAAAAUAUUGCUCUGCACAUCUUGCACGGAUGGGUUUUCAAGUCCGGGAACCGCCCCCGAGGAUUCAAUGUCGCUUUCCAGUACGCGCUGAAGUCGGUGGCGACGGGCAUUGCGCGCGUCAUGUGGUACGGCGAGGAGUGGAGCAACGUCGUUAGCGCGACCGUUUGCGCGCACACAAUCGACCUCAACAUGGGCUUGCCAUUGUGGUUUGCGAGUGCGAACAUCGAGGACAGGCCGGAGGACGACGACAUGGCGGCGCACCGAGAGGCGACCGUUGUAUGCAUCGCGCAUGCAUUUCGUGCCGCAGUGCAAAUGGAUGGCAUCAUCGACGACGGGUUCAUCUUGCACGAUCGUUUGUCUAGAAUUGCGGAUUGCUUCAGACUUUUGUUGGCUGCCUGCAUGUGGUUGAUGCGUAUGGCGGAAGACGAUCCGCACAACCACUAUGAAGCCUUUUACUUUGCGAUGCUGGUCGCGAAGCCCACGGAGGAAGAUAAGCGCUGCACCGCAGAGGCUUCGAGCACACCGACACGGAGGCAACGAAGCCGAUCCCCCUCCCCCUUCCCCCGUCCCUCAGUUCGAGCACGUGCCGAUGCGGGGCAUCGGGCUACGUCCCCGGUCAUUAUCCCGUCGUCCCCUUGAUUACCUUACGCUCUGGCAAAUAGACAC